GGGAUGAAUAGUAAAAUCAAGAGCCCUCGUAGAUUUCUUCUUGAUCUUAACGAUGGCAGACAGUAGACACCUUCAAUACCUCACUCACCUCAAAAAUAAUAAAUAAUUCAUUAAAAACCAGGCUCACUCUCUCCCUCUCUUCCUCUAGCUAGCCAUGUCUAUGUCAGUCUUCAAGACGAUGAAACUUGUUCCAUUAACCGUUAAAACACUGCACCACAGGAUCAUCAGAAACACUGUAAUGGGUCCUCGAAGACAGCCACUUAUCAUUAAUCGUUCGUACUCGACAACCCCAACUGGAAGAACAAAAAAGCCAUGGACAGAUGCAAUGAACGUGCUGUACAACAGAAUAUCGUCACUUGCAGAUCAAAGGAUCACCAUUUCACUAUUUCUCAAUCAAUGGGUCCUUGAACGACAACCCGUCAACAAAAAUCAGCUCCGUGAAUUCAUCAAGGAGCUCCGGUUCCAUAAACGAUAUGCUCAUGCUCUUGAGAUUUCAACGUGGAUGACUGACAGUGGGUACUUUGAACUUGCAUCACAAGAUGUCACCGUUCAGCUGGACUUGAUCUCAAAGGUUCAUGGGAUAGAACAAGCACAGAAGCUCUUCAAUAACACUCCACAACACUUAAAGGUUCUAAAGGUUUAUAGUGCACUCCUCAACUGCUAUGCCAAAGCAAAAUUGGUGGAAAAAGCAGAGUCUGUCGUGCAGGAGAUGAAGAGCCUAGGUUUUGCCAACACAUUGUUGGUUUACAAUGUCAUCCUUAAUUUUUAUUAUCAGACUGGAAACCCUGAGAAAAUCAACAGUCUGAUGCAAGAAAUGGAACAAAAUGGUAUUGGCUGUGACAAAUUUGCACAUUCCAUACAACUGAGUGCAUACGCAUCUGUUUCUGACAUUGUAGGCAUUGAGAAGACUCUGGCAAAAAUGGAAUCUGAUCCCAACGUUUUCUUGGACUGGACCUCGUACACUGCUGCUGCAAAAGGAUAUAUAAAAGUUGGACUUGUUGACAAGGCUCUGGAAAUGCUGGAGAAAUCUGAGAGACUAGUUACUGGUAAAAGAAGGGGAACAGCAUAUGAUUCUCUAAUCACCCUAUAUGCUGCAACUGGGAAGACAAAUGAAGUCUUAAGAAUUUGGGAACUUUACAAGAAAAACGAGAAGGUUUACAAAGAGGCAUAUAUUAGUAUCAUAACCUCUCUAUUGAAGUUAGAUGACUUUGAAAAUGCAGAAAAGAUUUUUGAGGAGUGGGAGUUCCAGAAUCAUUCUUGUUAUGAUAUCCAUAUUCCAAACUUCCUUAUUGAUGCCUAUUCGAGAAAAGGUCUCGUGGAGAAGGCUGAAAGAUUAAUUGAUAGGGCAAUAUCAGAAGGAGGGGAACCUAAUGCAAAAACAUGGUACCAUUUGGCAACAGGGUAUCUUCAGAAUGGCCAAACUCUGAAGGCCGUGGAAGCAAUGAAGAAAGCAGUAGUGGUUUCUGGACGAAUGUGGAAGCCAAGCAAUGAAAUUUUAGCUAACUGUUUGGGGUACUUGAAAGUGGAGGGAGAUUUGGGGAAACUGAUGAAUUUCAUGGACCUACUUAGGGAUAAUUAUAUUAUUUCCUUGGAUAUUCAAGAAAGAUUGUUGAAUCACAUUAAGAAUGCGAAUCUUUUAGUUAGCAGUGAUUUGGUCCAUGAUCAAGCAACUUCUUGCAGAUUUGCUGGUGCUAUUGAAGCGAAACUAAAGCCAGAGAUUGUUACAGCCAUUGCAGACCAAAUAGAACCGCAACAAAGGAAGAUAUCAGAUACAAUUCCAGGGAACUUUAUGAAAUGGUUUGUUUCAGAAUUAGCUCGCAAGCAAAUGCAUUUCAUGAUUCACAGUUGCUAUUGGUAUUCUUUGCAGCAAAUGAAUCUCCUUCGAUUAGCCUAUGUAUCCUCUACGAUCAGUCGCUUGAAUCCCAAAAACGUAGUGGGCAUUCGAUUUUUUUACUCAAAAAUACAAAACCCAAGAUCUAGAGAGCCACCGUGGAAAGGCCCCUUCACUCGACUGUCACGUCGUCUUUCAAGAAUCAGAGACCACAAUGUCUCAGUGAUUCCAGUUCUCGACAAAUGGAUUCAAGAAGGAGAAACUAUUUGGGAAGAUUUAAUCCAUGCCCUAAUCAAGGAGUUACGUCAUUACAGGCGUUAUCAUCAUGCUCUUGAGAUUUCGAUGUGGAUGACUGACAAAAGAUAUCUUGCUCUGACAUCACGUGCUGUUGCAGUGCGGCUGGACUUGAUCUCGAAAGUUCAUGGGAUAGAACAAGUAGAAAACUAUUUCAAUAACAUUCCAACAAAAUUAAAAGGACUUGAGAGUUAUGGUGCACUUCUCAACUGCUAUGCCUAUGUAAAAUCUGUGGAAAAAGCAGAGGCUGUGAUGCAGAGAAUGAGGGAAUUGGGUUUUGCCAGAAAACCCUUAAUUUUCACAGUCAUGCUUAACCUUUAUUACAAGACCGGGAACACUGAGAAACUUGACCCUCUGAUGCGAGAAAUGGAGGAAAAUGGCAUUGCUUUUGAUAAAUUUGCGUAUUGCAUACGUCUAAGUUCAUAUGCAGCCGCUUCUGACAUUGAGGGAAUGGAGAAGACUCUAAAAAGGAUAGAAUCUGAUCCCAAUGUUGUUUUGGACUGGGCCACUUAUGCUACUGUGGCAAAUGGCUAUUCAAAAGUUGGGCUUUUGGACAAAGCUCUGGAAAAGCUAAAGAGAUGCGAGAGACUGAUUACUGGAGAAAGACGAAGUACACCAUAUGAUUACCUUAUGACACAAUAUGCCACAACUGGGACAAAAGAAGAUGUCUUGAGGGUUUGGGAACUUCACAGGAAGCAUGUUGGGAAUCGGACAAAUAUUAGUGUCAUUACCUCUCUGUUGAAGUUUGAUGACCUUGAAAGCGCAGAGAAGAUUUUUGAGGAGUGGGAAUCCCAAAAGUUAUGUGGUGACAUCAUCAUUCCAAACUUCCUUGUCGAUGCUUAUUCUAGGAAAGGUCUUUUGGAGAAGGCUGAAAUGCUUCUGCAGAGAACAAUAUCAAAUGGUACAAAACCUAAUGCAAAUACAUGGUAUUUAUUGGCAAAAGGGUAUCUUCAGCAUAAUCAAACUCCAAAGGCGGUGGAAGCAAUGAAGGAAAUGAUAGUUUUAUCUGGACCAAGGAGCAGACCCAGCACUGUAAGUUGGGUUGCCUGUUUGCAGCACUUGAAAGACUCCGGGGACAUGGAUAAUGCAGAGGGCUUCAUAAAUCUACUCAGGGAAAAAGAUAUUAUUUCUAUAGAUAUUCAAGACAAAUUAUUAAGUUAUAUUAAAGACAGGGACUCGAGGUUAGAUGCACUUAGUGCACUCAAAGGUAGUUCUUUACAUGGAAUCAGCGUCACGCAUGGGAUUCCAAGACCAGAUCAGGCACAGAAGGAUAGUAGUGAUUCAGUGUCAGGUUGAGGAAAGCACCGAGGCUUCAAGGGAGGGCUCAUAUUUCUGCCCAUAACCCUUGUCAGCUACGAACAUUCAGACCAGAAACGCUUCAAAAUCCAUCCUGUGUUCCUAUCUAAUCCAUCUAUAACAGAUACUAUUGUGUUCGUAUUGUUAGUUCUAUGCCAAUUUCUGUCAGAAGUUGGGACAGCAGGUAAUAUGAAUUGAGAAGACAAUCAAUGUACUAUGAAGAAGACAAAUAUUAUCACCAUAAAAAAAAUUAAUGAAUCUCAAAAUAAUAGAUUAAACAACUUUUUCUAACCAAA